AUGGAUUGGUUGAUGAGCCUAUUCACGGGAAGGGAUUCUGCAAAAACAGCAGAAAACAAAGCAAAAAAGCGACAGAGCCAAAAGCACAGUCAAAGAGUUCGUGCGCGGGAGAAGGAGCUCCGGCGUGGGAAGGAUAAUAGAGGCAAACGAGCCAGCUUUUUCUGGGGAUCGCCGGGUCAGACAUACGAGAGUAAUGUUCGUGGUCCGGGUGAAGGAGUUUGA